CCCCUCCCUCCUCUCUGUCCCUCUUUUUCCCCAACUCCCACUGGUUUUGUUCAGUGACCAGCACCGAAGUCCUCUGUCAUCUCUCUCCGCACCUCUCUCUCUCACACACACACACACACACACACACUUUUCCCCUGCGUGUAUCGCACACCCUUGAUUUGGUCAGUUGGAUCCUAACUCUUUCUCUGGCCCAUUGGAGCAUCCAUUUUGCUGCAUCUGGGAUGGACUGUGAGGAUCUCCGGGCAGGCUAGAGUCUGUGAAGCCUGGAGGCUUGCAGGACUAUCUAUAUAAUAGGCUAGGUUUGGACUACAACUACUCUACAGCCCUCUUCUUCAGUGUGUAAAAGAGUGUUUGUGUGUGUGUGGUUGAGUGUGACUGUGUGUGUGUGUGUGUGUGUAUGUGUGUAUGUGUGUGUGUGUGUGUGAGGCCAUUCUGUGAUUGCGUAUGGGACAGAAGAGAGGGGAUGGACGCGUGUGGAACCUCGCUGGUGCUGAUUCUGCUGUUUUGGCUGGGUGCAGGGAGUCGGGCAGCCGAUAUAUAUUGGACAUACUCAGGUCAGAUGGGCCAGCCGCAGUGGUCGGAGUUCUUUCCUGACUGCGGCGGGUCGGGUCAGUCCCCCAUCAACGUGGACUCAGCCCAGACCAAGUUCGAGCCCAGGCUGCCAGCGAUCCGGCCGCUGGGCUACAGCCAGCACAGCAACGAGCCCUUCACCCUCUCCAACAACGGCCACACGGUGGUGAUGCCCUUACCCAGCUGGAUGGGCAUAGGCGGGUUGCCAUGGCAAUUCAGUGCGGUCCAGCUCCAUCUACACUGGGGCAACGGGGCGAGUGUGGCGACAGGCAGUGAACACACCAUCAAUGGACGCAGCACUGCAGCCGAGCUCCACAUUGUCCACUAUAACUCCGAGUUGUAUGAGAAUAUCUCCAUGGCGAUGACUCAGCGGGAUGGUCUGGCGGUCCUGGGAGUUCUCAUGGAGGUCGGUGAGGAAACAAACCAGGCAUACGCCAACAUCAUCAACUACCUGAGCAGAAUAAGACAUGCAGGUGACAAAGUGACUAUCCCUGCGUUCGACAUCCAGACCCUGCUGCCCAAAGACCUGCGGAGCUACUAUCGCUACAACGGCUCUUUGACCACCCCGCCCUGCUACCAGAGCGUCCUCUGGACCGUCUUCCAGGAGACUGUCAAACUGUCUCUGCCCCAGCUGGUGAAGCUGGAGACGCUGCUGUACUCCACAGAAGAGGGGAGCUCUGAUCCCUUGGUGCUCCAGGACAACUACCGUGCCACCCAGCCACUCAACCAGAGGGUGGUCCUCGCCUCUUUCAAACACACAGGGGUCAAAGUCUACAAUGCAGGUGAAAUUGCAGCGAUAGUGAUGGGAUCACUGUGUGGAUGCGUGGGCCUUGCAGUGAUCAUUCGCUUCAUAAUAAAGACCAUACGCUCCACGUCCAGCUGGGACGUCCUCCCCAGCGUCAGGCCAGCGCCCUCAUCCAGAAGUAAAGAUAUGGAGAAGGCACUGAAGCAAGACAUGGCUUUAAAGACAGCCACCGAGUCCAGCAAAUCAGCAGAGCCCACUCAGUCUGAACCCUGAACUUUGACCUCUCACCACAUCUUUCUUGCUCUUUGCAUGAUCCAGAGCCCUCCUUCCUUCUCUUAUCUCUUCAUCCUCCCAUUCUCACCACUCCUCCAUUUCUCUCUCGGUUUCUAUCAACCAAGUCUAUAUAUACUCUGCUGUAUAUAUUCCACCCUGCUCAUUUCUCUCUUUCUCUCUCUUUGUCUCUCUUCUCUCUCCUCGUCUGUUCCCCUCUCUCCCCUGGCCAGUGGUAAGCAUGUCUGUGUAAUUGGUUAUUUAAAUGUCUCUCUUGAACUGAUGUCAGGUUGGAUCGAUGGUCUUAGUUACUGUGUGCUUAUUAUCAUUCUGUACAUACUCUACUGUGAACAUCUGUAAUAAACUAAUGCUGUGACCACCA